CGUGUGUGUGAGAGAGAGAUAAGCUGCCCCCGGUUGAAAUAGCCUGCUGUCUGCACUGCCUCACUGCGGCUUGCACACCUUUUCUCCUGUCGUAUCUCACGCCGCUGUAAGCUAAUUGUUACCAUGCCUACUCUUGCAUACUGGAAGAUCAGAGGGCUUGCUCAGCCCAUCCGGCUGCUUCUAAACUAUGUUGGGGAAGACUUUGAGGACUUGUAUUAUGAACAAGGCGACGCUCCAGGCUAUAGUCGUGAGGCCUGGUACAAAGUGAAGUAUACACUAGGAUUUCCUUUUCCAAAUCUUCCUUAUUACAUUGAUGGAGACACCAAGAUCACGCAAAGCAAUGCUAUUCUAAGGUACAUUGCUGGCAAACAUAACUUAUUGGGCCAGACAGAAGAGGAGAAGUUGAAUGUGGACAUUUUGUUGGAAUAUGCCAUGGAUUACAGAAAUAUUAUCGUACGCUUGGCCUACAAUCCUGAAUAUGAGAAGCUGCUUCCAGAGUUUAUUACGAAAAGCAAGAUCGAAGUACUUCCUACUUGUGAGAAGUGGUUGUCAGACAAGAAGUGGUUUUGUGGUGACAGUGUGACUGUAGCCGACUUCCCUAUAUAUGAGCAGUUCGACCAGGCCCGAAUAAUGGUUCCAGGCAUCCUGGAUGAGUUCCCCAAGAUUACAGCUUUCAUGAAAGCAUUUGAGGAGCUGCCAGGCAUCAAAAAGUAUAUGAGUUCUCCAAAGUUCAUGGUCCGUCCUAUUAACAACAAGUCAGCAACGUUCAAGUGAAAAAAAAAAGCAUCAGCAUCCUACAGAAUAUUGAUUGUGCAAGCUAAAGAUACGUGCCACGUUUGUUACAACGAAGUAAAGGUACUGAUUCAUAUGUGAACACUGAAUCAUGACUUCAGUGACAGCAGAAUAGUCAACUGUGAGAGAGUGUUGUCACUCCUCCUUUUAACAACAAUUAGUCAGGGCGUUCAUCUGAAAAAAGAAUUAUCAGCAUACUUGAAAUGUUAAUUAUAGACUAGAUAGAAGCCUCUAUGACAUAUUUGUAAUAUACAAAGAUUUACUUGCUCACAAUUCUAGAAACACCUGUAAAUCUUGAUCAGUAUGUAAAGUCAGCCGCAGAUCAAACAAGCAUGAAGACAACAAAAGAAUGUGUGAGAGUUUUUGUCGCUGCACAGCUGUCCAUGUUUCUGAAGUUGCAGCUGUUGAAAGUUCUAGGGUAUAGCAGCCACAUAAUGAUUUAUAGAAGUUCCUGUUUCACAAGGGGACAGCUUCAGAAUUAAGAACUCUUUAAUUAUUUGCAUUUUUUGAAAUGCUAAAUAAUGUAGUUUUGAUAAUAUCUGGAAUGUUUCCAUUAAACAUGGCAACGAUUUUUCUGGCAAGUCAUGAGACUGUACUUCAGAUUCCAGAACUAUUUUAGGAAAGUUUUUUUAAAAUUAAAAUAUUGAAACAAGUCACA